GGCGGGGCUUGUCGGACUGUAGCUGUGGCUCAGUCUGGUCGGAGAUUCGGAAGCAGUGGGACCUGGACGGAGCUCGUGCUACGUCACGCUUCGUUCUGUCGUAUCUACUCACCGCUGCAGCCUCGGGUCAUGCUGGGAGUCAGCUGGACGUGCGUUUGAGCGGAACAGGUUCCAAUUUAACCUGCGAAUCCAAGUCUGGAUCUGGUCCGUUUAUCUCCGUCAAGUUACCCGAACCAGCUGAUCAGGUGGUUCCUGUGAGCUCCGUACCAUGCUGGUAAAAUCUCGCAGACCGUCUGGACCGUGAGCCUGCAGAGACCUGGAGUCCGGGGGGAUGUCGCGGGACAGAGUCGCGGACCCGGACGCGGCGGAGCGGCUGCAUUCGGUCCGGGAGCGGCUGGAGGCUACUAUGUCCGGACUCGAGGAGCUGGAGUUCCUGCGGCAGCGGCAGGAGGUGCUGGUCCGGACGGCUUUAGAUCGACGCAAGGAGGUCGAGCUGAGGUCUGAGGAGAAGUUGCUGGAGGAGAACAUCCUGCUGCUCCGGCAACAACUGAACUGUCUAAGGAGGAGGGACACGAGCCUCAUCAGUCAGCUGCAGGAGUUGGACCGACAGAUCUAUGACCUGCGACUGGACACUGAGAUGUCACCGGAGCAGCUGGAGACGGACAGCCGGCCGAGCUCAGGGUUCUAUGAGCUGAGUGACGGGGCAUUCGGUUCUCUCUCUAACUCGUCCAACUCCGUCUUCAGCGAGUGUUUCUGCUCGGCACCGGAUGCUGACGGGCGCCUCCAGUCUACAGACGAGCUCAGCUGCUUGGAGUGCGAUAGUCUACUCGGAGGACUUUGUGACGACUCUGCUACAGUUCGUCGCUCUUCAUCAGCCCCUCACCCUCCCACCCUCGACUACAUUUCAUCUUUGGCCUCCUGUGACUCCCAGUCAAAGUUUCACUAUGACCUGGUGGCCAGAAGUGGCAGUGACGUGUACCGGUACCCCAGCCCGCUGCACGCUGUGGCCGUCCAGAGUCCAGCCUUCUUGCAGAUGUUGGGCCAUGGGAGCCACAGCAGGGACGAAGCAUUGGUUAGAAAUAUCGAGGCCUUGGCCGAAGCAGAAGCUCCCCCACUUUUAGCUUCCCUUGUCUCACAGAGCUUCUCCUGGCCUGCGUCUUCAUCGUCAUCCUCUCUGGCUCCAACUCACAAGCACCUAGACAGCUACAUCUUCAGUCUGCUGCAGCGGAGAGCCCUGCCUGUCAGGACCAGCAGACCCAGAACCAGCAUUAGCACUGACCCAUCGAAGAGCAUCCUCAGGCAGGCCAGUCUUUGUGUGAAGCCGGUUCCAGCUCCCAGCUCUGGAUGUGGUUCAGCGCCUCUGGCUGGAUCUGACCUCAAACCCUGGUGGAUGUUUGGAGCAGCAUCAGCAGAGGAGGCUGCUUCAUCACUGGAGCAGCAGAUGCUGAGUGUUCCUCCUCAUGGCAGCGUUGAUGUGCAAACUGGCUUCAAGAUGAAGGACAGUGACUUGACAAAGAAACAGAACAGUUCUCCUCUUUGUAAUGGGACCCAGAAUGAUGGUUCUGCUGCCACCAAUGACACCAACAGUCUGCUGAAAAAGAAUAAGAGGGGGCCUCUUCUUUACUUGGCAGUGUCCGCAGCAACUCUGCCCGAAGACUCCAGCCAGGUGGACAGUCCAAGAGCCAAGUUCACACCCAGAGACAUGGAGAAGCUCAUCGACUGUCCAACAGUCAGGAACAGUCCAGAGUUUCCCCACAUCAGCCGUGCAGAGAGCAGCGAGAGGCCUGUCGUUGAGCCUGCCAGUCUAGGCUUUGCCUCCCAAAGCCCGGAUGAAGGAGGAUCCACCCGCAUCCAGGGCCGCUCACAGAGCUCCAAAGUUCGCAAGACUGGCAGCAAGACUGUUGGAGUGAGGAAGAGCCGAGUCCCUGAACUGAGUGAGCCUACGUUAACGAGAAAAGGGGAUAAAUUCCAGCCCAGGUCCAGCUCUAGAAAGUCACGUCUACUUGAAAAUAAAGUGUCCAAGAGAAUAACUGGCGGUGCACCUGGAGCGUCCGCCAUCAAAAUCAAACGUCUCCCUGCAUCUAUCCCUGAAGGCCGAGUCCUGGACAAACAGACCACAUCCACACUAAGCGCUACGAGGUCUGGUGCGUCUAGGAAUCACCACAUAAACUACCAUCACAGUCACCACCAUCACCAUGGCCGUGACCAGGUUGUGGUUGUUGCCAAACCCAAGCACAAACGAAACGAUUACCGUCGGUUGCGUGCAAUUAUGGAGGUGCCGUACGACGAGGCAUUUAGGCGCGUUCAUCGGCAUCAGACCAGGGACCUGCACAUGGACUGUCCAUCGGGUGGGCAGAUGAGCAGCCCAUACUCCUACAUGGCAGCCAGUGAUUCGGAGUAUUCAGCCGAGUGCGCUUCUCUCUUUCACUCUACCAUCGUGGACACCAGUGAAGAUGAGAAAUCCAACUACACCACUAACUGCUUCGGAGACAGCGAGUCCAGCACAGAGGAGUACGUUGAGGAGAGCACCACCACCAGUGAUACUGAGGAGAGUGGGGGAGGUGGGACAGGUGGGCGAAGCCGAGCAUGGAACCAGCCAGGUCCAACUGAGGUCGGGACCGUGGGCCAGGAGAUGACUCCAGCUCAGGCAAAGGCCUUUGUCAAGAUUAAGGCCUCUCACAACCUGAAGAAGAAAAUCCUGAGGUUCAGGUCUGGUUCACUCAAACUCAUGACCACUGUGUGAGUCAGGAGAGUGACUAACGUAUUGCUGUGUAGAGCAGGUGCUGCAUUGGACCCAAGUCUUUAGUAUCUGAAGUGCUUGAAAUCUGUCCUACAGGAUCUUUGUAUCAGUUUCUGCUUCCAGCUCUCUGCAUUCACAUAAAUGGCAAACAGUGAUUUUGAAUAUAGCUGGGUAUAUGGAAUGGGCCCCGGAAGGCAUAAACCUGGCUAGGAGGGGAUCGACUCGCUAACAUACAUUUUGCAUUGGAUUGUGCUCUGGACAUGAUGUUUACACAAGUGAUGAAUGUUCACUUUCUGUUUACAUGCUCAUUCCUGUGUCCAGAUUUUGGACUUGUCAGGAUGUCUUGAACACUCCAGGUGUCUCACAUGCAAAUUCUUGAUCAAAUGCAUGUGACAGACAGACACUCAGUGGUUAACUGAGCAAGUCUGGAAUCAACCAUCAAAAAGAUUUCAGAUGGAAGUUUUUACAACAUUUGUUGGUUGUUGAGGGUUUAGGAGGCAUCUUCAUUAAGUUCUUGUUAAUUUGUAUGUAGCCUUGUUUUGUAUUUAUUAUCACAGCAAGCAUCUGUAAAUGCUUCUGCUUGUGUUACUUCCUGAUUUAAGUUGUUAUUUUUACAGAAAGCUAUUUAAGCCCUAAUAUCUUCUUGAUACGUAUUGGAUCAUAUGAUGGCCGGAUGAAACCGCAACUUUGAGCCUGAUUCCACCACAUUAUAACAUCAGCUGAGACCCAGACCAGUAAACCAACAAAACAUGGGACUGGGAGCUAAAUAAAACCACUGGCACAGUGGAAACGAGUUCAACUGAACAAGAGUGGCCAUAGGUCCAAGACCAGUUCAGGCUGCACUAGACUAGGCCGAACCAGCAAAUCCACUACAAAACCAGCUACUACGCCAGUAGAUAAGACCACCAGCGCUCAGCACCAGCCAGUAUUCGGCACCAGCCAGUAUUCGGUACCAGCCAGUACUCGUAAUAAGCAGUGCUGUCAUUUAAUUUUUCUGGGACGUAGCAACAGCUAGUAUAGCUUACCUUAGCUUAGUUUAUCUUAGCUUAGCUUAGCUUAUCUGAGCUAAAGCAGAUGUAAGUAAAGGUCUUUUUAGAAGAAAUAUUUUAUCAUUUAAUUUGACACAAUUUGUUGACACAUUUGUGUAAAUGGGUAAUGAAUGUUAGUGGUACUGAGCAGCCACUAGGCCCUGAACAUCAAGGUUAGCGCCUUCAAGUUUGUGCUCAGGCUUGAACUGAAUUUUUGGUCCCGAGUCACGUUCCAGCUUUUUGGCUUCCGUGGAUCCACAUGCUGUUGCUUGUGGCCGUUCUAAUCAGGCGAAUGUAAAACUUCUGUCCCGACUGUAAAUUACUGUUCCUGUUGCCUGGGUUCGUGCGGACCAGCGCUGGUGUUUGGCUCUUUUAUGCUUCAUUAAAGUGGAUUUGAAUGUG